UGUCGAAUCUGCGGUGAGAAAGCUUCGGGGUUCCAUUAUGGAGCCAACACGUGUGAGGCCUGUAAGGGCUUUUUCCGACGAAGUUUACAACGCAAGGAGAGUUACAGGUGCUUCGGAAGUGGGGAUUGCACCAUCCAACCGGGCAAGAGGAGCGCCUGUGCUGCCUGCCGCUACAAGAAGUGCCUGGCCCUCGGCAUGUCGAAAGAC